AUGGUAGUGGUCGGGUAUAGAUUUCAUCCAACCGGAGAGGAAUUGAUCAAUCAUUACCUGAAGAACAAAAUUCUGGGUAAACAUUGGCUAGUCGACGAUGCGAUUAGCGAAAUCAGCAUCUGUAGCCACGAACCAAUGCUUCUCCCUUCGUUAUCGAAGAUGGAAACGAAGGAUCCGGUAUGGUACUUCUUCUCUCCGAGAGAGUACACUUCCGCGAAGAAGACGGCGGCGAAGAGGACUACAGGUUAUGGGUUUUGGAAAGCGACUGGUAAAGAUCGGACGAUCAAGGAUAGGAGAGGGAAUGGUGUUGAGAUCGGGAUUAAGAAGACGCUCGUUUACCAUCAAGGUAGGACUCCUAAUGGUGUGAGGACUCCUUGGGUUAUGCACGAGUAUCACAUCACUUGCUUGCCUAAUGCUCAGAGGAAUUAUGUUAUCUGCCAAGUAAUGUAUAAAGGUGAAGAUGGAGACGUUUUGAAUGGUAAUAGUAACUUCAACGUGAGUGAGCCAAGUCAAUCUUUGGUCUCUGAUUUGAAUACCGUCACUGCCAGAGCCAUUAACACAGGGCCUGAGCCAGGUCAAGAAAAUUUCUAUGGUUUGGCUGUGGAUGAGUUGUUAAACCCAAUGAACGAACAAGAGGAUCUCUCUCCGAGUGAUGGGUUUAAUCCAAACAUACUGUUCACCGACAACAACAACAACAACAACAAUAGCAUGCAGCCACAAACUCAUUACGAUGAUGAGUUUGUGAAUAGGUUGCUUGAUGACAACGAAUGGAAUUUUGAAGAUGUGUUUGCUAAUCCAGAACUCAUAAUGCAAGAGAACCACAGCAAUUACAGGCCGAGGACAGCUUUGUCAGGGUUCAUUGAUAGCGAUAGUGAUGGUGAUGAUAGCGAUGCUGAAUCUAUAUCUGCAACGAGUUACCAAGAAACAUCAAGUCCAGGUGAUAGCGUUGGUAGUUCCAAUCGACACUUUUCUAGUUGCUCAAGCGCAGACUCUUGCAAAGAUCUACAAACUUUGGAAUCUCAGCUCACAUGCCGCACCAUACCAAAGAAACAAGAGGUGAAAGAAUGCAAGUUUAAGGCAGCUAUAGACAAGGAGUUGUCUAUGGUAAAGACAGAGAAGAAGGGUUGGUUUAUUGUAGAGGAAGCAAUGCAGAGAAAAGGCAAGACUCCAAGAUAUAUGUAUCUCAUGAACAUGAUCAUUGGCUUCAUCCUCUUGGUUGCUCUCAUUGGCAACUUCAUAUCGGUUUUACUAAGCCUCAAAACUUGA